AUGGCUAAUCGAGGAGCAACAAGACCCAACAGGCCAAAUACUGGAAAUAAAAUAUGCCAGUUCAAACUAGUACUUCUGGGAGAGCCUGCUUUUGGCAAAUCGAGCCUAGUGCUUCGUUUUGUGAAGGGCCACUUUCAUGGAUUUCAAGAGAGUACCAUGGGGACAAAGUUUGAAAUAUGGGAUACAGCUGGUCAAGAACAAUACCAUAGCCUAGCACCAAUGUACUACAGAGGAGUGCAAGCAGCCAUGGUUGUAUAUGAUGUUACAAACGAGGAGCCCUUUGUCAGAGCCAAAAACCGGGUUACAGAACUUCAGAGGCAAGCCAAUCCUAACACUGUAAUAGCUUUAUCAGGAAACAAGGCUGACCUCGCAAAUAAAACAGCUGUCAAUUUCCAGGAAGCACAGUCCUAUGCAGAUGACAACAGUUUAUUAUUUAUGGAGACAUCAGCUAAAACAUCAAUGAAUGUAAAUGAAAUAUUCAUUUCAAUAGCUAAAAAGUUGCCGAAGAAUGAACCACAGAAUCCAGGAGCACAUUCUGCCAGAGGAAGAAGAGUAGACCUUACUGAACCCACGCAGCCAACCAGGAGUCAGUGCUGUAGUAACUAAACCUCCAGUUUAAACUAACUGGAAUGUUCUUCUCCUUCCUAAUUGUUAAUAACAGUGGAAUUGGAGCAUUUAACCAG